CUUCCGGCUCCUCCUCACGGUGCGUAGGACGCGCGGAGAGGAGGCGCUCGGAGUGGCCGCCGGGACGACUAUGUUGCUGCCGAACAUUCUGCUCACCGGUACUCCAGGGGUUGGGAAAACCACACUAGGCAAAGAACUUGCAUCAAGAUCAGGACUGAAAUACGUUAAUGUGGGUGAUUUAGCUCGAGAAGGUGAAUUAUAUGAUGGCUUUGACGAAGAGUAUAAUUGUCCCAUUUUAGAUGAAGAUAGAGUAAUAGAUGAGUUAGAUAACCAAAUGAGAGAUGGUGGAGUUAUUGUUGAUUACCACGGCUGUGAUUUCUUCCCUGAACGUUGGUUUCAUAUAGUUUUUGUGCUGAGAACAGAUACCAGUGUGUUGUACAAAAGACUGGAAACAAGGGGUUAUAGUGAGAAGAAACUAAAUGACAAUAUUCAGUGUGAGAUUUUUCAAGUUCUUUAUGAAGAAGCAAUGGAGUCGUACAAGGAAGAAAUUGUGCAUCAGUUGCCCAGCAAUAAACCAGAAGAACUAGAGGAGAACAUAAGUCAGAUCUUGAAAUGGAUUGAGCAGUGGAUCAAGGACCAUAACUCUUGACUCACAGAACUGGCCCUUCAGUCACUGCUGUUGCCCUCUCUCUGCUCACUGUGUAGAAACUGCCCAUGUAUCAGUAAAAAUUGUGCUGUAGGACUAGGAGGUGGAUGAUGUAAAGGUUUAUACCUAGAUUUCUUUUUCUCCAUGAGAAAGCUGAACAGUCACAAAUAUCAUGAAUAUAAUAUUAAGGAUUGAGAGCGAAAAUUGUCAUUGUUUAAUGCUUUGAUUGCCAAAUAAUAAGCAAAUCUAAAUAAAUGGGAGGAUAACUUUUAAGUUUAUAACAGAAGAAAAUGCAGAUAAUCUCUUAAAACUAAAGAUAAAGCACUGGAGUAUUGCUUUUUUAUUUAUAUAAAUGUAACAAUUUUCAUGUAUUUCAUAUACACAGUAUUAGGAACAUAAUGAUACUUCCCAACUUCCCUCACUUCACCCUUCCUCCUCCUUCCUUUUCUUUUGAUUAUUGCAAUGACAUACUUUAAAUUUACUUUAUAAUCACAACUUUAAUCCAUUAAAUAAGGAAUUCAACAGUUAGUAGAAAAACCACUGUUCCUCAGGAAUAUGGACAAGGGCUAAAAUAAUAAUACAAUUUCAGAAUGUCAAUUUCAGUGACAUAAAUUAAAUAUUUUUUUUACUCUUUAUAUAGUUGCCACAAGUCAGGGAGAACAUGAUAUUUGUCUCAAUUUCUUUAUCUAGUCAUCAGUUGAUGGACAUCUGAGUUAAUCACAUAUUUUAGCUAUUGUGAAUUGAACUGCUAUAGACAUGGGAGUACAGGUAAUACUUUCAUGUGCUGAUUUCAUUUCCUUUGAAUAAAUUCCUGGGACUGGAAUGGCUGGGUCAUAGGUAGGUCUAUUUUCAGAUUUCAGAGGAAUCUCCCUAGUGUCUUCCAUAAUGGUUGUACUAGUUUACAUUCACACAGUGUAUUAGGGUACAUUUCCCUCUACAUCUUCGCCAGCAUUUGUAAUUUUUUUUAUUUUUUUGGACGACCCAUUCUAACUGGGAUAAGGAAAACCUCAUUGUGGUUUUUAAUUUGUGUUUCCCUGAUGACUAGUGAUCCUGAGUAUCUCUUCAUGUGUUUGUUGGCCAUUUGUAUUUCAGCCUUUGAAAAAUGCCUUUUCAUAUCCUUAGCUCAUUUCUUAACUGGAGUGUUUUGUUGAUGAGUUUCUUGAGCUCCUUAUAUAUUCUGGAUUGAUAAUCCUUUAUCAGAUGUAUAGUUGGCAAAUAUUUUCUUCCAUUUUGUAGGUUGCCUUUUCACUGUUUUGUGUAUUUCCUUUGCUGUGUAGAUGCUUAAUAGCUUGAUGUAAUCCCAUUUAUCUGUUUUUGCUUUUGUUGCUUGUGUUUCUAGGUUGUUGGCCAAGAAGUCCUUGCCUAUGUCAGUGUCACGCAGUGUUUCCCCUAUGUUUUCCUCUAGUAAUUUGAUGGUUUCUGGUUUUAGGUUUGGAUCCGUGAUCCAUUGUGAGUUAAUUUUGUAUAGGGUAGGUAUAAGGUAUAGGUUUUGUUUCAUACUUGUGUGUGUGGAGAUCCAAUAUGCCCAGCACCAUUUGUUGAAGAGACUGUCCUUUCUCCAGGGAAUGAUUUUAGCUUAUCUGUCAAAAAUUGGUUGUAAAUAAGUGGAUUAAUUUCUGGAGUCCCUAAUCUGUUCCACUGGUCCACAUGUUUAUUCUUGUGCCAGUACCAGGCUGUUUUGAUUAUAACUGCUCUGUAAUAUGUCUUGAAAUCUGGUAUUGUGAUGCCUCCAAGUUUAUUGUUUAAUAGUGCUUUAGUUACAUGCUUUAGUUACAUUGCUUUUCUAUAUUAAUUUUAGGGUCAUUUUUUUCUAGAUCUGAGAUGAAUGUCCUUGGUAUUUUGAUUGGGGUCACAUUGAAUCUGUAAAUUGCUUUGGGUGGUAUAGACAUUUUAACAAUACUAAUUCUUCCAAUCCAUGAACGUGGAAAAUUUUCCAUUUUUUGGUGUCUUCUAUUUCUUUCCUAAAUGUUCUGUAAUUUUCAUUUUAGUGAUUUUCACAUUGUAGCUAUUGUGAAUGGGACUGAUCUUACAAGUCUUUUCUCAGCCAUGGUAUUGUCUGUGUAUACAAAUGCAGUUGAUUUUUGUGUGCUGAUUUUAUAUCCUGCAACUUUGCCAAACUCUACUAUGAGUUCCAAAACCAAAACCUCUUAGUGGAGUCUUUUGGUUCCCCUAUUUAUAGGAUCAUGUCAUCUGCAAACAGGGAUAAUUUAAACUUCUUCCUUUCCUAUUUGUAUCCCUUUGAUUUCUUUUUGUUGUUUAAUGGUUCUGACUAAAACUUCCAGAACUAUAUUGAAUAGCAAUGGGGAGAGUGGGCUUCCUUGUCUGGUUCCAGAUCUUAGUGGAACUGCUUCCAGCUUUUCCCCAUUCAAGAUGAUGCUGGUUUUGGGUUUGUAAUAUAUUGUCUUCAUUGUGUUGAGGUAUGUCCCUUCUAUAUCCAAUUUGCUUAAGGUUUUUAUCAUGAAAGGAUGUUAUAUUUUAUCAAAUGCUUUCUUUGCAUUUUUUAAAGAUUAAUUAUUUGAAAGGCAGAGUUACAGAGGCAGAGAGAAAGAGAGAGAGAAUGAGAGACUGAGUCUUCCACCUGCUGGUUCACUCCCCAAAUGGCUGCAACUGCACAGAUCCGGAGCCAGGGGCCAGGAGCUUCUUCCAGGUCUCCUACGCAGGUGCAGGGGCCAAAGCACUUGACCCAUCCUCUAUUGCUUUCCAAGGCACAUUAGCAGGGAGCUGAAUUAGAAGAGGAGCAGCCAGGACUCGAACCAGCACCCACAUGGGAUGCUGGCACUGCAAACGGCGGCUUAAUCUGCUGUGCCACAGUGUUGGACCCAAAUAAAUCUUCAAACAUUUAAAAUUUAAAAUAUUUAUUUGAAUGACAGAGAUGGUGACAAAGCUCCCACACACCAGAUCACCCCAAAUGCCUACAAUGCCUGGGGCCCAGUAGCGCAACCCAGGUCUCACAUGCAGGUGGUGGGAACCCAGUCAUUUGCGCCAUCACCACUGCCUCCCCGCAAGCUGCCAUCUGAAGUGGGGCUGGGUGUUGAAC